AUGCGGCUCCAACUCAUCGCAGCAACGCUGCUACUCAGCACAACAGCACAAGCCACUCAAAGCUUCACCAACACCGGAACAACAUCCGGCUGGAGCUGGAAGAAUAUCGAACACAACGGCACAGUAGAACAAGUCACGGACAUAGUCUACAAAGGCUCGACGGCACUCAAAAUGACCCAAAUAUACGACCAAAAGUACACCAAUCGCUACCGCAACAACGAUGAUGCAGAUGACGACCUAGUCAAACCAGGCCGCUACCACUCAGAAGUGAUCAAAAACGACGUAUAUAAACUCGGCGACGAGGGCUAUUACGGCUUCAUGUUUCGACUCCAGGACACCUGGCAGUUUUCCCCGGUUCAAUCGUAUAACAUCGCCCAGUUUAUGGGCGAGUUUCCUGACAGGGGUUGUGAGCAGUUUCACUGGAUUCCCUCUAACAUGGUUUAUCUGUAUGGUGAUCAGUUGUAUCUCCAUCAGAGGACGGGCAAGGUCUGUGCGCCGAAGGAGACUAUCUAUAGUAAUUUGGCUACUGUAUCUGCGGGGGAGUGGCACAAGGUUGUUAUUCAUUCUGAGUGGAGGGCUGAUGGUACUGGUUCUUACGGGUUGUGGUUUGAUGGGGUGAAGGUGCUUGAGGAAUAUGAUAUUGAUACUACGAUUGACGAUGGCGAUACGGCGUUUCAGUUCAGGGUCGGGAUCUAUGCGAAUGGUUGGCAUGAUAAUGGUGGUAUGAAGGGGACUCAGGGAACACGCCAGGUUUGGUAUGAUCAGAUUGCGAUUGGGACGACCUUUGCGGAUGCCGAUCCUGAUCAGUGGUAG